AUCUGAGGUAAAAAAAAAUUCCUGCUAGGUUUAACGACAACGUAUUAUUAUUAUUUUUAAGGCUAACAGUGCAUUGUUUAUUACAGAAUUAUUUUAAGUGCCGAGACCGAGGGACUUACAAGAACUAUCUCAAUUGCCCAUCCUCCCACAAAGAAAAGAGACGAGUCUUAACGGAGCUGUCCCAGAAUGCUCCUCAUGAAGGACCUCUGACAGAAAGUGCAAGCAGUCAGACAGCAGGACUACAGCAUGAGCAGGACACACAAAACAACAAAUCCUCAGAGCUUGACAGUGAGGCAGCCUGGAGACAGUCCCACUUAGUCCAAGUGAUGGAAUUACCCUCCACGUCAGACCAAGACAGACCUUGGACUCACAUAAGUGGGGACCAACCUGAUAUAAAAAUGCUAACAGAAUUACAGGACAUAUCCUGGACACAGCCAGAAGAGAACAAGUCUGUUCCAACUGCUGAUCAGCAUGAGCCAAACAAAAAGGUAUGGCAGGACAUAUCCUGGACACAACCAGAAGAGAACAUGUCUUUUCCAACUCCUGACCAGCAAGAGCCAAACGAAAAGGCAGGCCCAUUAACAGAUGGCGAUGAUCCUGUGUAUCCCGGCGCACCUCUGACAAAAGGACAAAGUUUACUGUUGCUUAUGUCCUUUAUACUAAGGCACAAUCUUACAGCUGUUUCACUGGACCAUCUACUGAAAAUUUUCAAUGAGCAUUUUCCAGGCAUGGUACCAGUGACCACAUAUCUUUUCCGAAAAGCUUAUGGUCAGUAUGGAAAUUAUGAACCCCAUUUCUACUGUCCAACAUGUGAAAACUACUUAGGGAAAAAUACUGGUGAGCUACAGUGUGACAUUUGUCACACAGUAACUGAUUCAGACAGCUCUCUUAAAAGUGGAUGCUUUUUCCUGGUUCUUAGUUUGGCCUCACAGAUCAAAACAUUGCUUGAGGAAAAACAAACAAAAAUUCAAAAAGAUUGGCUGAAUUCAGAUACAAUUUCAGACAUCCAAUGUGGAGAUGAGUAUCAAAAACUUAAGGAAUCUGGUGCAAUGGGUGAAGAUGACAUAUCUUUAAUUUGGAACUGUGAUGGAAUCCCACUGUUCAGAAGCUCCAAGUACCAGAUCUGGCCCAUACAGUGCCAAGUAAUAGAGCUUGAGCCUAGAGAACGAAAGGCAAAUAUCUGCAUUCCAUGUCUUUGGUUUGGGGAAAAAAAGCCCUAUAUGCUCACAUUUUUGAAGCCAUUCGUAGAUGAACUGUCAAUUCUACAGAAAGAUGGAAUUAAAUGGAAAAAUUCAGCAAACAUAGAGCACACUUCCAAGGUUUUUGCUCUCAUAUGUAGUUCUGAUUCAGUCGCCCGCCCACUUCUAAGGAACACUAAACAGUUCAAUGGUUUUUAUGGGUGUGACUUUUGCUACCAUGUUGGGGGAGGUCCCUACACAAAUAAAGACCCUGUGCCAAAACUUAGAACUGAAGUAGAGCACUUUGAUCACGCAUUGGCCGCAACACUUGAGAAAACUGUAAUGGGAGUAAAAGGACCUUCACCUUUAAUGAGACUUGAAAACUUUCAAAUGAUAAAUGGAUUUGUUCCAGAGUAUCAACACUCUGUCUGCCUUGGGGUUACAAGGCAACUAGCUAAUCUGUGGUUUGACUCCAGAAAUCAUGAACAAGAGUGGUACAUAGGAACAAAAUCAGACCUUCUAGACAAAGAGCUAGUUACAAUCAAACCACCUGUUGAGAUAAUCAGAGUACCACGGUCUGUGGCAGACAGAAAGUACUGGAAGGCAUCAGAGUGGAGGUCAUUCCUCUUAUUCUAUGCUCUGCCUCUUCUGAAUGGGGUUUUACUGAGGAAAUUCUGGAACCACCUUUUUCUGUUUGUGUUUGCUAUGCACAUUCUUUUGGGAGAAAAAGUGAAACGCUGUGAUAUUGAUGUAGCAGAAAGAGCUCUCAGAAAGUUCACUUUGCAGUUUGAGAAGUUAUAUGGAGCAGCAAAUAUGACUUUCAAUGUUCAUCUACUGACACACAUUACAACAAGUGUAAGGAACUGGGGGCCUCUGUGGGCCACAUCAACCUUUUCCUUUGAAUCAUUUAAUGGCACUCUGUUAAAGUACUUCCAUGGAACCACCCAUGUUCCUGAACAAAUUGUUAGAAGGUUUCUUUGCUGGAGGAGUGUAACGCAGAAAGCUGAAAAGGUGAUGGCAGAUGCAAAUGAUGGUGUUAAAAAGAUUUUUGCUGGUUUACAAAGCAGCCAUUUACAUUCUUGUAAGUCAGCCAGCCUCAAUGAAAAUGUCAGGGUUUUUGGCAAACCCUGUCAUGGUACACUAUCACCAUCCCAAUCAUCUGCUGUCAAAAAUUUGCUGGGUGUUACAGUCAGUCAAUGUGUAUUUUAUCAUCGUUUCAUCGUAAAAGGAAUACUGUACCAUUCAAGCAGUUACACAAACCUUAAAAAAAGGAUAAACUCAACAGUAGAAUUAAUGGAUGGACGACUGUGCAGAAUUCUUAGCAUGUUAGUAUUCAGAUUACACCAUGUAUCAAUGCACUGUGUAUUGGUUAGGGAGCUCAAGAAUACCGGUAAACUGCUCUGCAGGGACAGUGAGCUAAACAUUACUUCAUAUUUUGUUUCUGAGGUGUUGCAGUCCAACAAUGUAUGUGCGGUUCCCACUGAUCUGUUUUACAGAAAAUGUGUUUUGAUAGAAGCAAAAGCCAAAAACUAUGUUAUUCCACUCCCAAAUAAUAUAGAGAGAGAUUAAAUAUGAACUGACACAUGAAUGAGAGAUAUGCAUAUUGCUCACUGAGCCUGUUCGUGCCCUUAUCUGGAUAUAUGUUGUUCCUUGUUUUUCUUUUAUUUUGUAUGGUGCAAUGGUAUGGCUCUGUGGAAGCACCCUAAAUUUUGUUGUACCAAUGACAAUAACGUCUAUUCUAUUCGCUUAUCCUCCAAGCUUGCAAGUUGUUUUUUUUUUUUUCAUAAAAUGUUAUGCAAUACAAAGCAAACAGUCAGAAAAAUACAGUUGUCAUGCCUGUUCUAAAUAUUAAC